AUGAAGAAACACGGGGACGAACGCGAUGUCGAUAGGCGUCGAAAUAAUGUGUCGAAUCUUCAGGAUGGACCGGAGUGGAGAAAACGUCGCCGCUUGCCACCAGCGAACAAGACAUGGCCUACAUGCCUCAUCAUCGCCCCUACAUCCGUUGUGCCAAACUGGGAGCGUGAGUUUCAGACGUGGGGUUAUUUUGAAGUCGGGUCCUACACAGGUUCGAAGAAAGAGCGAGAUGAGGUCUUGACUGACUUCAAAAUGGGGAGGCUCGAUGUUGUGCUCACUACGUUUGACCUUGCCCGACGAGACAUUGCGCAAUUGGACGACCUCCCUUGGUCUGCUGUCUUCGUCGACGAGGCGCAUAGAGUAAAGAAUCCAAAGUCGAAGAUCACCUUGGCAUAUAAUCAAUUUGCAUGUCUUCGCCGCUUUGGUCUGACAGGCACAACCAUUCAAAACAGCUACAUGGAAGCAUGGACGAUACUUGACUGGACCAACCCUGGCCGGCUGGGAACAAGCAAACAAUGGAAAGGUUACGUUGUGAAGCCAUUGACGAUAGGUCAAUCUACGAGCGCGACGGAAGAGGAGAGAACAAAGGCUUUGACGGUUGCUAUUACAGUCAGAGACAAAGUACUACCCCAGUUCUUCAAAAGGAGGACAAAGGAUAUCAUUAAGCACCAAUUACCCACAAAAACUGACGAAGUGGUCUUUUGUCCGCUUACGCCUAUGCAGGUUGCCGUGUACAAACGCAUCCUGAACAUGAAUCCCGUGCAGAAUCUCGUCAGAAAAGACGAAAAUUGUGAUUGCGGAUCUGGUGCAAAACGCAAGGAAUGUUGUCACCUCAUCGAGAAGGGAGGUGUCCUCAAGUACAUGUCAAUACUCAUUAAGAUCUCGAAUCAUUUGGCUUUAAUCCUUCCAGCCCCGAAUGAUAGCCCGGAGCAAACUCUACGGAAUCGGGAGCUCGCUGAAGUAGCCUUCCCAGACGAACCUAUACCGAAAUAUGGAACAGCCAUGCUACUGCCUCAGUACUGCGGGAAGUGGGUUGUACUUGAUACCCUACUAAGAGAAUGGAGAAAAGACUCCACGAGCAAGGUCCUUAUAUUCACUAAAUCUGUCAAGCUGCUAGAUAUGUUGGAGUUUCAUCUAAACACCAACAGUUAUGGCUAUCUCAAACUGGAUGGAUCCACGAAGCAGAGUGACAGGAUGCCUAUGAUAGAUAGAUUUCACAGUGACUCUGACAUCUUUAUAUUUCUCAUAUCUACUCUUGCCGGAGGAACUGGUCUUAACUUGACUGGUGCAAACAAGGUGGUCAUUUUCGAUCCUAACUGGAAUCCCGCCCACGAUCUGCAAGCUAUGGACAGAGCAUAUCGCUUCGGGCAGACACGCGACGUUUUUGUUUACCGCCUGCUCGGAGCCGGCUCAAUCGAAGAGUUGAUUUACGCGAGACAGUUAUACAAGCAACAACAGAUGGCCAUUGCGUAUCAGGCAAGCGUGCAGACGAGAUAUUUUUCCGGCGUUCAAGGGGACACUUCUAGGCAAGGAGAAUUGUUUGGUAUCAAGAAUAUUUUCAAGUUACAUGAGGAUACCCUGGCGACAAAGAUGGCUAUCGAGAAAGCAACGAUCAUGGAACUAGACUGGGCUCUUGCUCAUCUGAACUCAAAGUCGAGGAAGGCAGCAAAGUCUAAGGCCGAAGGCUGGGUAUAUGAGGCUGAUACUAAGAGUGGAAAGGAAGAAGCCGACUUGCGAGGGCUGGGCGCUCUUCUUUUUGAUGAUGAACCCCCGGAGGUUGCAGACGACAAUGACAUCCACAAGACACUCAGCGCAAUAGGCGUUAAGUACAGCCAUCGCAAUGACGAUGUGCUAUUACCAAGUCGUAUAGAAGAAGAACGCUCCCGAAAUGCACUCAAGGAGGCGAGGAGGAAAAGAGCAGCCGCCAGUAAACUCAAGUCAGAGCGAGACACUCCUCAGCAAUCCAAAACACCUGAACCACAAUGGCCGCCGCAACGGAAACAUCAUAAACCACCUCUAUCUCCGCAAUCAAAGUUGACCUCACGUCAAAUGGCACUGAUCGAACUAGGCAUGAUCAACAGCCCAGCCGAUCUGCCUGUUUUCGCGCAGUCUUUUGCUCGUAAGUCAAGUGAGGAGCAGAACGAGAUACUUACAAGGCUCGACAAAUAUGUCCGCGCACAUUCUUGA